GCUGUAUUCACUCCAGUGUCUGAGGAGGAGCAGACCUCUCUGAUUCCCUUCCCUCUCCUCCCCUCCCUCCUCCUUCCUUCCCCUUCUUCCCCUCAUUCUUUCUGUCUCUCUUUCUCUCUCCCCGUUUCUCUAUGAUUUGGCCUUUCAUUCUCUGGAAAUUAAAUGAUGGUAGGUCUGAAGUUCUAGCAAAAGAUUUAAUGUACAAAAGUAUUUUUAGAUAUUCAGCUGUACGGGCAUUAUUGUUUUACCUCCUUGGCUUUAUUCAUCAGUUUUGGACAUGACAGCGUUUAAAAGGUUAAUGCCCAUUUUCAUGGCUGUUGGCUGCCUCAUUGGUCAUGGAAUGACACAGCAACAAUGCUCAAAUGGGUUUGAGAUGGAUCGUGUGUCAGGCCAAUGUUUAGAUGUUGAUGAAUGCCGCACUAUUGCUGAGGCCUGUAGAGGAGAUAUGGUGUGUGUCAACCAAAACGGGGGCUAUUUAUGCAUUCCACGAACAAAUCCCAACCAGCGAUCCCCAUAUUCAAAUCCUUACGCACCCAGUUUGUAUCCACCACCUCCAGUCCCAGCUCCUGUUCCAAACUAUCCUACUGUUGGAAGAGCACCUCCCAUUUGUCGGUUUGGGUAUCGAAUGAAUGAAAACAACCAGUGUGUAGAUGUUGAUGAAUGCGCAACUGAAUCACAUCAGUGCAACCCUACCCAAAUCUGCAUCAACACUGAAGGAGGAUACACUUGUUCCUGCACUGAAGGAUACUGGCUUUUAGAAGGCCAAUGCUUAGACAUAGAUGAAUGUCGCUAUGGAUACUGUCAGCAACUAUGUGCCAAUGUACCUGGCUCCUAUUCCUGUACCUGCAACCCAGGAUUUGUACUGAAUGAAGAUGGAAGAUCGUGUCAAGAUGUGAAUGAAUGUACAGGUAGCAACCCUUGUGUACAAAACUGUAUCAACACAUAUGGAUCAUUCCUCUGUCGUUGUGAUCCUGGCUAUGAGUUGGAGACAGAUGGUAUCAGCUGUACUGAUAUGGAUGAAUGCAGCUUCUCAGAAUUUCUCUGCCAGCAUGAAUGUAUUAAUCAGCCAGGUAGUUACUACUGUUUCUGCCCAUCUGGCUACGUUCUUGUUGAGGAUACUCGGUGUCAGGAUGUUAAUGAAUGUGAGCUUGGGAAUCACACUUGUAACAUCCAACAAACAUGUUUUAAUGUCCAAGGAGGAUUCAAAUGCCUAGAUCCAGUAAGAUGCGAGGAUCCUUAUAUCCGGAUCAAUGAAAAUCACUGUAUAUGUCCAACUGAAAACCCUAGCUGUAGAGAUCAGCCAUUCACCAUCUUGUACAGAGACAUGGAUGUGUCAGGACGUACUGUGCCCGCCGAUGUGUUUCAGAUGCAAGCAACCUCUCGCUACCCUGGUGCUUAUUACAUCUUUCAGAUUAAAUCAGGAAAUGAAGGCAGAGAAUUCUAUAUGCGGCAAACUGGACCUAUCAGUGCUACUCUUGUGAUGACCCGUCCUCUGAAGGGACCACGUGACAUGGUGUUGGACCUGGAGAUGGUCACUGUUAACACUGUCAUCAAUUUCAGAGGAAGUUCUGUCAUUCGACUGAGGAUUUAUGUAUCACAAUAUCCCUUUUAAACCUAGACUGGCAUUGCUUUCUUUAAAACUACAACAGCAGCAGCUGAAAAUGGACCCUUUUCUGCCUAAACUUUUUUUUUCUCAGGAGUCAAUUCUUCUAACAAUCCAACCUGAAAUGAGUAUUAAAACAUGUUACAAUGGUUCAUAUUACAAUAACCGGACAAUACUUCUUGUGGUUUAAAGAGACCUGAGCUUUGAAUUAUCAGUGGAUUCCAUAGAGUUAUUUUAUUUUAUUUUGCUCAUGAGUGUUUAGAUACUUUGAUCUUCUUUUCCAAACUUUUUCUAAAGUGUGAUUAAAAGCUUUAAAAACUGUGAAGAUUUUCACUGUAAUGGCAACGCUGUUUAGCCAAGACACUAGAGAAACUGGGAAAAGUUAGCUUCUACUGUUCUGUUUUCUAAAAACAAAAGAAAAACAAGUAAAAAUGCUUGUGGGACCAGGAAAGCAUCAGUUACUCUCUCAAAAAAAAAAAUUAUGGAAUAAUCUUACAUUCCGAACCCUGGGUUUGAUUCAGGGGGAAUAAUUCCUUAUUGGCUUUCCUUUAUACUAUCCCACUUUCUUACUUCCAGGCUAGGGAAUUGAUUGCCUGGAGAUCUUAAUUAGAAUCUAAACCAAUCACAGCUAUUACGCCUGCUUAAGAGAACUUUGUGCUUGUACUUCUUGAAUAUACCCACUUACAUUCCAGGCAGCCUGUUCUUAAAAUAGAGAUAAUGUUCAAAAACCACUUUUUGAAACAACAUAGAUGGCAUGUCAAGCUUAAUGGUCAACUUUAACAGAUUUUUUUUAAAAAGUGAUUUCAGGCACAAGAAGUCAGGCACACAUAAAAUAAUUCUUUGGAUAUUGGCUGUUAUGGAUAGAGUGCAUGUAACUUAAUGACAUACUUCAAAAUAUUUACUCAAAAAGAGGCCAUUAUCUUUUCAUUAUCUAUUCCAGGCUCAUUUCCUUAAUAGUCUUGAAGCAGCCCACAGCUGCGUAAUGAUAGCUCAAUGUGAAGUCAGCAGAAAAAAAUCCACACUUACAGGUCAUUUUAGCAACUCCUUUUAUUAUGCUUAUUUUAUAUUACUCUUUUUUUUUCUGCAUAGGAAAAGACAUGCGUCUGAAAUUCAAGAAAAAAUAUACCCAGGCUAGUAAUAAGGAUGGCUUAAUCAGCGGGUAUAUAAGUUCCUAGCUUAGUCCCUAGUCUUUCCAGUUAGAAACCUCAGGAAGCAGAAUGGCAAAACCUCUAUCUAAUGCCUCAAGUAGCAGCCACAGCCAUUAAAUUGACUAGUGGUUUGAUCUUGAAAAAGGUGGCAUACUAAAAAAACUAGUUGAGCUGUAUUCAGUGACAUAUGUUCUACAUACAGAUAGUCCUUGAUUAACAGCCACUCGUUCAGCAACAGUUUUAAGUUAUAACAGUUCUGAAUGAGGCAACUUACAGUGGGUCCUCAAAGCUGCACCUGUCGUGGCAUCUCUGGGGGUCACGUGAUCACAGUUUGGGUGUUUGGCCUGGGAAUGCAGUGGUUAGAAUGCAGGCUAACUCUGCCCAGAGUCUGGAGUUUGAUCCUGACAGGCUCAAGUUGACUCAGUCUUCUAUCAUUCACUAAAAUGAGGAGCCAGAUUGUUGGAGGCAAUAGGCUGACUCUGUAAACUACUUAGAGAGGGCUGUAAAGCACUGUGAAGCAGUAUAUAAGUUUAAGUGCUAUUGCUUGGCAACUACCUUGCAAUUAUGACACUACAUGCAAUCACAUGACUGCAUGACAUGUCCUGCAGUCAUGUGAUUGCCAUUUACAACCUUAUUGCUGGUUUCUGGCAAGCAAAGUCAAUGGGAAAACCAGCAGGAGGUCACAAAUGGUGAUCAUGUGAUGUCAUAACAAACACAGGAUUUACCUAAUGACCUUAAAUGGAAAUGCCAGGUGACAUGCUUUAUAACCGUGUUGGUUAGUCAGGGACUUCUCAUCCCAAUUAUUGUUGUUACCCGUUAUCUACCUGCAGGCAUUAUAUUAAAACAUACAGGUAGUCCUGGACUUAAGACCACAAUUGGACUAGUCAUUCUAAAUUGGUGCAGUUAUAAAGCAGUCACCACAUGACUGGACCCAAUUUUAUGAUCAUUUUUAUCGUGGUCAUUAAGUGAAUCACUGUGGUUAUUAAUCAAGUGGUCAAUAAUGUCUCUGGAGAUUGUCAAUCAACCAGGUCAUGUUUGUCCCAAAGAUUCUUUUCAAAAGGCAACUGGACUUUCCUUGAAAACAUUUCGCUUCUCAUCCAACAAGCUUCUUAGGUUCUGACUGAAAGGUGGGGAAUGGAAGGAUUUAUAUUCUUAUAUUUAUAUUCUUUUCACCAUUAGCCUUUUGAAAAGCAGCUUUGGGACUAUGUGACCAAUAAGUGAAGCCAACUCACCCAGUUGGCUCUGUUCCUAAGGUGUGGCUAGACUUCACUUUUUGGAGCUUUACCAGUAAACCAAACUAGCUCUUUUACAGCUCUUUUAUAUAUAGGAAUAGAUUAUCUCUUAGGUAUUCCAAUACAUGAAUUACUUCAUACUUUACUAUAUUAUGAACAUUUUUAAGAUUGCCACUAUGAAUAAGAUCACAUAAGAUUAAGGAACACUAACUAGCUAUGCUAAAUCUGAUUUCUCAAUGCAUAUUCAAAAUAAUGUAUGUGGUCCAAAUUUCAACAGAAGCUCAGUAAGGUUUAGUUUUUUAAAAAGCUGAUUGCACCUGUCCUGGGAUUUGAGAUCAUAGUUGUGAUUGCACUUGCACACAUAUUUCGGGAACAUUUAUUUAUAGGAUAAAAAUCAAAACAAAUCAUAGUAGCAACGGAUGUAAUUCUGUCAUUUGCUGAACAUGUAUUUUUAAGAGUUGCUUUCCUGCACAUAUGCUUUGUAAUAAUUUCAAUAGCGCAAAUAAUACACUGAUUUUUUUUAAACUGUAUUUUUAUUUUUAAUUGUUUUAAUUUUUCACUGGUUUCACCAGGUUUCCUGGAAGAAAAAUAUAUUGUUCAGAACCAAAUCGUGAACAUACAAGUUCACUAAGGGACUAUAUUUUUCUGAAUGUUCUGAUCACGUAAGAGGCUCUAUUCCUAGUACAGCUGUGCUUAAUUUAUAAGUUGUUUAAACUUUUAUUCAAAGUAAAAAAAAGAUGUGCAGAUUUUUUAAAAAAGGGAAAUUAUAUUUGGCAACGUAUCUAAGUUUGGACUCUAAAACAGCAGCAAACCUUGGAUGACUUCUUCCAAAUAAUUAUAAUUACUUCAGACUAUGUGAAAAUCAUUGCCAGUUCAAGGAAAGGCUUGAGAACAUUUUUUUCUCUUAUCAAAGUACCAAAAACUUGUUCCAAAAUUUUACUGUUGCUCAUGCAUAUAAUGCUGAACUAUCUUUUUGCUUAUGUCCAAAACAGGUAUUUUACAUGUGCAUGUGGAAAAAUAUGUAAUAGUUAUUUGGUUGUCCAUUUUCUGGAGGAGUACUUUUGUACUAUUAGCUAAUAAUGUGGCUUUUCUCCCUAACAUUCAAAUGACCAUCUAGUGCUUUACUGAAAUGAUUUUGUUUCCUGCUCCAGCUCACCCACACCCUCCCCUUUCAGUGCAUUAUAUGAUGAAGCAAUGCAACUGCGUCAGUGUUGCUUGAACACGAAGGGUCAAAAAUACUUUUUCUUUGCUGUAUAAAAAGCCAAUAUUAAUGGCGAAAUACUUCUAUGAAAAAUGUGCUGAGGAAAUUAUUAACCGGAGAAAACCCUGCUGAAAUAUAUGGAAAUUAUUAAGUAAAUAAACUAUGCCUGAAGAGAUAAUUUUGCUUCUGGGUGCUUCUCACGCAUUGCUGGAGGUUUCCAGCAGAAUUUAUCAGUAGCUUGUGCUGCUUGGCUAGUAUUGUAGGGAUAAAAAGUAAAUUAUUCCUUCUUUCCUACCAUAAAUCAUAAUUUGUUACUUUUCCAUACGCUGCUGAGGUUAAAUACAUUAUGCAAACCAGCAAACUGAGUCAGAUUUGGAUUUUUAAAAAUGAGUUAUUGUUUUAUACUGCCUUAUUUUUUUUUAUAAAUAAUAAAGACGGGAUAAAUAAUUUAAGACAGCAAA